AUGGCACAACCAAAGAGACUCACCGAGCUUCCUGAGAAGAUCCUCGAUAUGAUACUGUGGGAGGUGAGCAAGAUGUCAAGCAUCUACAGCAUGAUGUGGCUUCGGGAAGUCUGUAGAGUCUUCAAGAACCAUGCAAACCGCAUCAUCGCCAACAGGGCGGACUUUGAGAGCCACAACGGCCUCAUGUAUGAGUUCCGGGCGUCAGAUAAGCCGGGGAAAAGAUGGUUGAGAUUCCCACAUGAAAUCAGACUCCAGUACCUGAAGCGCCUAAGGUACAUGGAGCCAGCUGCGGGCGCUCAGCCUCGCUGUUACCUCUACCUUUGGCUGAGCGAGAUGCAACAACUAGAUGCCUUCAAGAGUAUAAGCCACGGCGAACAACCGCGCGUCGUGGAUCAGUUGAUGGCCGGCGCCGCGCUCGGCGAGUUCAACCCGUGGAACUUGGCAGCGACGCAGAACGUCGAUAUUCACAGGCAUCGGCGGAAGGUACCCGUUGAUGGAUGGCACGAUACGUGGGCGCAGGAGUCCACCGAGUCGAUGUACUAUAGCCUUUUGCUGUGCAGGGCGAUUCACGAUCGGGAUCUGGCUGAUAUGGAGAAGUGGCUGAAAGAGUGCGGAACGACACCUCUCUUCACUGUCCGGUUUAACCUAGGGCCAUUGAAGCUUGCCGCUGGGUCUGGCAACAAGGAUGUAAUCAAGAUGCUAUUGCGAUUCAAUUACCCUCCUACGCUUAAUGGUCCGUAUGAGGGUACUCAUCUCCUGGCGACAGCGGUGGAAGACAGCAAUCGCGAAGCAAUGGAAGUAUGGAUGGGUCAUAUCAAAGGCGAAACCGACGAAGGCGUCCUCGCCGAAUUGACACUCGCAGUCCGCGCCGCCGUGAUGGGCAAAAACACCUCGAUGAUCGACCUCAUCCUCGACAAUUGGAACGGCGACAGACAACUGCUAAUGUAUCAGGGCCUCCUCAGAGCCAUCUUCCUCCAAGAUCUCAGCGCAGUCGAGUUCAUCCUAAACAAAACAACUCUCGAUCCAUCCUUCCGACCAAGAGGGCUUACCGAGGGCCCAAUCGCCAAAGCGAUCAGAAAGUGGACACCCAAAGCAGGAACGCCCAUCCUCAAGGCCCUCCUAGAGCGCGGGUACGAUCCAACCACCACGUACAAUGGAAACGAGGACGCGCCGCUCCUCGUCGCCGCGAAGAAGGGCGACCACGAGCUCAUAUCUCUCCUACUCGACUAUGGCGCGCGCGACGACUCACACCGCUGGUCCAUCCUCCCGACGAAGGGCACGCACCCAACCAUAAUGCGAUAUGCCGUUCUGCACGGUGAUGGGAAACUCCUCCGCAUCCUGCUACGCAAGGGAGUUGAUCCCCGAUUCGAGGUUGGGCGUCGCAUGUAUAAAAUCGUUGUCCCCACGAAGAGGACGCUUUCGCUUGGUGACAUAUGGAAGGCGCUACAGUGGGAAAAGGAUCAUGGGACGGAAGGGACUGACCUGGAACAGGUGGUUGAUUACAGUGCCAGGCUUCUUCAUCAGCCUCUCCAGGCUCCGCACACUGAUGUACCGGAGAUGAGUAGGGAGGAGGCCAUCAAGCGGUGGAGGGAGCAGAUGCAGAGGGUGGAGCGAAGGCUAUCGCAUGGAGGUGAAUGA